GGCGCCGCACCGGGGCGGCGGGGCCGCGCCGGCUGCCAUGGACUCGCGGGUGUCGGAGCUGUUCGGGGGCUGCUGCCGGCCGGCGGGCGGCGGGGCAGGCGGGGCGAUGCGCGGGCGCGGGGGGUACCGCGCCGGCGGCGGCGGCAGCGGCUCGAAGGCGAAGAAGAAGAACGGGCGGAGCCGGGGGGGGAAGGCCAACAACCCGCCGUACCUGCCGCCCGAGGCAGAAGAUGGGAACAUUGAGUACAAGCUAAAGCUAGUGAAUCCCUCGCAAUAUCGCUUUGAGCACCUGGUGACACAGAUGAAGUGGCGACUACAGGAAGGCCGAGGUGAGGCUGUCUAUCAGAUUGGUGUGGAGGACAACGGGCUGCUGGUGGGCCUCUCAGAGGAGGAGAUGCGUGCCUCACUCAAGACACUGCGCCGUAUGGCAGAGAAGGUUGGGGCUGACAUUACGGUGCUGCGGGAGAGGGAGGUCGAUUAUGACAGCGACGUUCCAAGGAAGAUAACGGAGGUCCUUGUCCGAAAGGUGCCUGAUAACCAGCAGUUCCUAGACCUGCGAGUAGCUGUGCUGGGGAAUGUGGACUCAGGGAAAUCAACCCUGUUGGGUGUCCUAACACAAGGAGAGCUGGACAACGGGCGGGGAAGAGCACGCCUCAACCUCUUCCGGCAUCUCCAUGAAAUCCAGUCAGGAAGAACGUCGAGCAUCAGCUUUGAGAUCCUCGGUUUCAACAGCAAAGGAGAGGUGGUAAAUUACAGUGACUCCCGAACAGCAGAAGAGAUCUGUGAGAGUUCUUCCAAAAUGAUCACUUUCAUUGACCUGGCUGGCCACCACAAGUAUCUUAAGACAACCAUCUUUGGUCUCACCAGCUACUGCCCGGACUUUGCUAUGCUGGUGGUUAGCGCCAACACUGGCAUUGCAGGCACAACACGAGAGCACUUAGGCUUGGCCAUGGCCCUCAAGGUCCCCUUCUUCAUUGUCAUCAGCAAAGUUGACUUGUGUUCAAAGGCCACCGUGGAACGGACAGUGAAGCAGCUGGAGCGAAUCCUGAAGCAGCCAGGCUGCAACAAGCUCCCGCUGCUUGUGAACUCAGAUGAUGAUGCAGUUACAGCAGCGCAGCAGUUUGCACAGUCUCCCAACAUCACCCCAAUCUUCACACUGUCCAGCGUUUCUGGGGAGAACCUGGAUCUCCUAAAAGUCUUCCUCAACAUCCUUCCUCCACUGACCAACAGUAAAGAGCAGGAAGAACUAAUGCAGCAACUCACAGAGUUUCAGGUCGAUGAAAUUUAUACUGUGCCAGAGGUGGGGACUGUUGUGGGAGGAACUCUGUCAAGUGGGAUCUGCCGAGAAGGGGAGAACCUGGUGGUUGGUCCCACUGAUGAUGGAAAGUUCCUCCGGCUGAAAGUGUGCAGUAUCCAGCGCAACCGCUCUGCCUGCCGAGUGCUGCGGGCUGGGCAGGCAGCCACGCUGGCCCUUGGACCCUUCGACCGCUCCCUGCUGCGCAAGGGCAUGGUCAUGGUGAGCCCAGAAAUGAACCCCACCAUCUGCUCCGUGUUUGAAGCUGAGAUUGUGCUGUUGUUCCAUGCCACGACUUUCCGGAAAGGGUUUCAGGUGACGGUGCACGUGGGGAAUGUGCGACAGACUGCUAUUGUAGAGAAGAUCCAUGGAAAGGACAAGCUGCGGACAGGAGAGAAGGCAGUUGUCCGUUUCAGGUUCAUCAAGCAUCCUGAAUACUUGAAGAUUGGAGCCAAGCUGCUUUUCCGUGAAGGAGUCACCAAAGGCAUUGGGCAUGUCACUGACCUCCAAGCCAUCAUCACCAAAGAAAAUGGCCUGGAGGAGUCCCUGGGGCCUGGACAGCUGAGCUUCUGACUACCACUAGGUCAGAGAGAUCUCCACUCACCAACACCCAGGGAGAAGGAUGGAAGCUCCCGUGGUUCUCCGAGUGAUGCCUGGAGCUGCUGCUGUCCCGUUCUAGUGUGGGUGUCCCUCCUCCACACUGUGAGAUGGAGCCUGGGAGAGUUUCUUGCAUUCAGUGCCGUAUAUGGGGCAAGUUAAGCAUGUUCUCCACAUUGUCUGCAGCUUCCAUGACCCUGCCCUCCUUCAGAAUAGAUCAGAGGCACCUGCAGACCUGGGCAGGCAAGUUGUGGCUUUGUUUACUGUUUGAAAAUUACUGGUUGGGAGGAGCAGAACCCUUGAAGACUAGCAGUAAAGAGAUGGUUUUCCAUCUCUGGUCCCAUUUCUGCUCUCUGAAGCACUGGGAUGACAACAAUCCUCUCUUGAAUCAUCCUGCAGCACAUCCUUCUGGGCAGGGGAUGGAAGAGGUCCUGCUACCCACAGCAGGGGUUUGGUUGAACCUCUCAGAAUGCAUUCAGGACACUUUUUAACCGUUUUAAUCUUGGUUGGCUUUAAUCUGCUGUGUGUCCGUUUGUGUGUUGGUUUUGCAUUACUCCAAUCUGAGUGUCUUAGUGUUGGACAAAUGUUCUGUUCCCCACUCACAUGUACAUGCUCCUUCAGCAUCCCACUUUCUGACUCCUGGGAAGCUGUGGCUGCUCUGAGUGGCGCAGCUUCCUGAUGUAACGUCGUGAAGGCAGCGUUUGCGCUUCCAUCCGUUCCUUGCAGCAGCUGGGCAGGAGGCCGUUCUGUGGAGCGGAGCGGGGCCUGGGUCUGUGCUGGCGUGUGCAGGUUGUUUCCAUGGGUGUUCAGCUGACGGUGUCAUCUGCACAUUGGCAGCAGUGGUUUGCAGUGGGCUUCCUGGUGUGGCUGUUCCAGGUCCCAGCCCAGCUUGCUCCUCACACGCUUGCCUUAAUGUGCGAGGAGGAUAGGCUGCAUUACUAACACAAAAUCAGGUGACUUGUAUUGUUUAGAUGUGAUUUGACAGUGGCGUGAUUUUAUUUGUUUCUCCUGGAGGAAGAACUCUUUUCUUUCCCUUGCCACUGGGGUUUGUUGUCAGAAGAAAGCUGAUGUUGCCAGCAAGGACUCUGUGAACAAAGAGUGGAGCACGUUUGUCUCCCACUCACUGUUGUGCAGCUCGGCUGUGUAGCCUGGAGGGUGCAGCAGGGGCUGUAUGGCUGUACAUAGGCUUUUGGUUUUAUUGUUGACUGUUAGACCAAAUGUGUCUACUGUGAGCAACAGGCCUUCAGCCAGCCCUGUUGCAUGGUGUGGUGGCCUGCCAGCCCUGACUGAAGAGAAGGGCGAGAGCCUGUGAUAGCACUUGGGCACCCAAACAACCGUUCUACUACCGGGAGAGCAAGUUCUGCUGCUGGCACAGGCAGUGCCUGCGGGGCUGCGUGGCCUGUGCUGAUCUGUGGAUGUCGCAAAGUGGUGCUCUCCGCUGGGCUGGGCUCUAGCAGGUGGGGAGGUGGCAGCUACACCCUGCAAAGAGCGUGCUGAGGCACGGGGAAACCAGUGAAAUGGUGAUAUCAAUGAAGGGAUUCAGAGGCAGCUUGGUAGUGACAGGAGUGGCCUGUCCCUCGGGGGGAGCACUGACUUCUUUCUCCCCCAUCAGCCCAGCAGUGAGACAGGAGCUGCUGGCUCAGGGUCACUGCUCAAGCAGGAUCCCUCUUCUUUUCCUAUCCUGGCAGUGGUCUGGGUGUUACGGUGACGUGGUCUUUCACCCAUGCCUGCAAGAAGGACAAGCCCCAGCUGCCAGCACGCUCUUCCCUUUGGUGCUAGUGGGUCACAAAGAAAGCUGCCUGGGGUGUGGUGGGGACUCCAGCUGUUUGCAGCAGCCCUGUUUUCUACUCCAAAGUGGGCAUGGGUGCUGUGACCUUCUCUGAAAUAGCUGAUGGCUGGUCUCACCUCAUCCCUGCCAUCUGUGGCAUGACUGUUCUUGGUGCCAUGCUCUUCAUAAUUGCUGUUUUGUUGUCUUGAAUUUUUCUAAUGCUGGGGGUUGUCACUAUUCCCCAAGCAUCUAUAUAUAAAUGUACAGAAUAAAGAUGUUUUAUUGAG